AUGGCGUCGCGAACGCUGACGCGCGCGCUCGAUCGCGCGCACCGAACGAUCGCGCGCGGCGGUGGGACAGAGCGACGGGUGGCGUCGCGGACGAUGGGCGUGGGACACGAUCCGAGUCAGCAAUUACACACCGACGCGACGACGACGACGACGGCGGCGACGGCGACGGCGACUUCGGCGGCGGCGAUGCCCGCGGCGUCGCUCGCGCACGCGAUCGCGGACGCGUUCGCGCCGGCGGUGCGCGCGAUCGAGGGGUCGGGGAGGGGGGGGGGGGACGGCGCGGCGACGCGCGGGACGGCGGGGGGGGAGGCGCUGUACGUGCCGGAUAUCCCGAUGUUUUUGUGCGCGUCGAGACUCGUGCGGGAUUCUUCGUACGUGCGAAGUGUUUUGGUGCACGAUGAGCGACGGCCGAGGACGAAACCGCGAUUGUCGUGGUACGACGCGCGGGACGACGCGUGGGUCCCGCGCGGGUGGUUCGCCGACGGGAUCAAGGCGGAUUUAGAGUACUACUUUCGCGACGACGGCGCGGAGAGAGGGACGUGA